UGGAACAAAUCUUUCCUUUGCUUGUAGAAUAAGUAUCAAUAUGUCAGAUCUCAUUUUAUAAGCUUGGGCUAUAAUUUGUUGAGGUAUUUGUAUGAUCACAAAUGGUCCCAACUUAUACUGACAUUUUUUUUAGUGUUUUGCAUUUAGGAAACAUCCAUUCCAACUGCUCCACAAUCCAACGAAGAUGUUGAAGUAGAUCCAAAGAAGAAAUGCCUUAUGGAUCUUGGAGCAGCUUCGACUAAACUGGUGUUGGCAUACAUGGACUUUAAUGAGCAUGAACAAGCUGUCAAGCAUUUUCCUCACAAUGAGAAAAUACGGAAGUCGUUGAAGGAAGAUACCAUGGGUAUUUGUGACGAGCAAAGAUUGAGUUCCCAAGCUAUGCCAGAAAAACAUAGCCUUUCUUUAAGCCAAGACGAUGAGUGUUGGCAAGAUUCGACUGUCAUUGAAGCUUGGGAUAGAUUUUCCAAGAUUUCAGCUAAUGAGAAGAAUGUUGAAUCCUCAGUCUUUGCUAGGGCUGAUUGUCCAACCGUAACAGAAGCCAUUGAUGUUACAAAGAUUGCCGCUGAAAAUGUUCAGAUAGCAAAUAGUCUUUCUGAAAAUGAAGGUCCUGCUAUUGUAGUUGAAACUGAAAAAGUUGAAGGAGGUUCAAGUAUUCGAUCUAGUUUGAGAUCUUCGGUUAAAAAAGGAUUUGGAACUCCUACUUUCAGAUUAGGAUUUGAUUCUCAAAAUAGUGAUGAUCUGGAGAACUCCCCAACUAAUGUACAACCUUUAGUUGAUGCUGAUGCUGAUGUUCCUGUACGACCUUCAGUUGUUGCUGAUGCUGAUGUUCCUCUGAGUGGAGAUGUUGGUCCUUCUGCUGCAGGUGCUGCUGAUGUUCCUGUUCUAAAGAAAGCGUAAAGUUCAACAUUUAAUCUACAUUUACUCUACAUUAUCAAUUCUUCUUAGAUCACCUUUUAAGGCACGGAUUAUCAACAUUUACUCUACAUUAUCAGAAGUUCAGAAAAGUGUCUUGGAAGCUCUGUUUGAUGAUGAUAAAAAUCAUUUUGAACAAGUAUUUUUUAUCCAAAGUUAAUGGAAAGGAUGCUGUUGAAAUCAUGAGAUUUCAACUUGAAAAGCUUUAUACUCAAAAUAAAGUUGAUUCAGAAAUCAUUAAUGUUUGGUGUAGUAUUGUGAAUUAUAAUGAGCAAUUUAGAGACUCAAAUUCUCCUGCUCGUUUCUUUUUUAAGCUUAGUGCUACUGAGUGUCUUGUUCAUUAUGAGAUUGAUUCUGUUAGUCAUCGGAAUGCUAUGUUCUGUGAGGUUGUUGAGAAGUUAUACAACCAAAGUGUUGUCCCAAAGAAGGACAUUCAACUUUUCUUCUUCCCAGUUUACGAAAGAGAUCAUUAUUAUUUGGUAUGUUUCAACACUACCACACAGUAUGGUAAUAUCGAGGUUAUUGAUUAUAGUGAAGAUUCGGGAGAUCACACAAAGCUUUUAAAACAUUUGAGAAGUGCAUUUUGCAAUUUUAUGCAAUAUGGAGGAAAUGUACAGAGCUCUGUGUUGUCAAGCGAUAUCAAGCGCAUGGAGUAUUCUGCAAUUGAUUCUCCUUGGAAGUCUACAGGUAUAAAUCAUUUGCAUUACGGAAUAGCAUUGAUGAGGCUUAUGGAAACAUACAUGGGUUUGUCAAAGUGGCCUUCAGGUUUGAAGAAGAAUAAUGAAAGUCUUUCAUAUUAUAUGGAAUGUCCUUAGAUACUUGUUUUCUUCCUAAUAGAUUCCCAUUCUAUUUUUAUAUGGGCUUCUUGCUGGACUUCAUUAAAUUUUGUGUGUGCCAAGCCUAAAAAAGGUUGGCUACAAGGCCUACAAUGUUUACUUAUUAAUUUCUAGUACCCUCUGAGUUUAUAGGAAUAUGGACAUGUAAAGUGUAAAUUUACUUCAAUAGCCAUUACAGUAGUAGCUAAGGAACUUUUUCAAUGACGCUGUAGUAAAGGGGUACCUUCACUACCUUGUGAUUAUGUGUCUAUGUGAUAUUUAGAACAACAUUGAUAGCUCAUGAAUUUAUAAUAACCUUUGUAAAAG